AUGAUGGGUGACACUGGCAGCGUCCCUGAAAAGGAAACUCCAGAGCUUGUUGCUCCUACACCUUUCUGCUGGUUGGCUAAUAGCUCAAUGGAAGCGUUUGCCAGAGAGUUUGAAAAGUUUGCCAAGGGUCCGGAUUCUGAUGUAGAGAAAAACCAGGAGCCGGUGACACCACAGACCACAGAUAACGUCUCGCACAAAACCUUGGAGACGACAUUGUCAACAUCCCCAAAAGUCAUCCCUGAGGACAUCACAGACCCAGUGGUCCCUGAGGACACUUCAAAAGUAACCGAAGACACCCUGCAAAACAUGGACACUCCACACACCCAACAGCUUACAGAGGAGAUCCCACAGAAUACACAUGAUACCCCACAGUACCACGAGAACACGUCAAUGCACACUGCAGACACCCAACUGGACAUUAAGGGUACUUCACAAAACACGGCGCCGGAGGAUACCCCAGUGGCCAUUGGAAACUUCCCACAGCUCACUGGUGAGACCCGACAGCUUGAGCAACCCCUGAAAGGCACUGUGGAUACUCCAGAGGUCCCUGUGGACUCGCCGCAGGACAAUGACACCCCUCAGAUCACCGAAGACCCCCCACAGAUUACACAGGACAUCGGACAGCUCACAGAGGACACCCCGGAAGUCACUUUCACAGAAGUCACUGUGGACACACUAUCACAGAACACACAGGAGGACAGCUCGGAGAUAAUUGAGGAUACCCUGAAAGUCACUGAAACCCCCCAGAAAGUCACUGAAGACGGCCUGUGCGUCACUGUAGAUGCCUCCAAGCACAUUGAGGACAACCUACAAAUACAAAACACUGCAGACACCCUACAGGACACCCCAAAAGUCGCUGAGGGCACGCCACAGCUCACAGUGGACGCCCCAAUGGUUGAUGAAGAGCCCACCAAGGACACACGGGACGCCACACAUAACAAUGGGGACACCCAACAGGUCACUGAGGACACCCCAAGAGUCCCUGAAGACACGUCACGUGAACCCAAAGACACCUCAAAGGUCACCGGAGAUACCCCAAUCGUCUCUGAAGACACCCUAAAAGUAACCAUUGAUACUUCGGAGGUCACUGAAGACCUCUCAAUGAUCGCUGAAGACACCCCGAAAGUCUCUGAAGUUACCCCACAGAACACACAGUACAACUCACUGGUCACUCUGAAAGUCACUGAAAGUGCUCACAUUCCUAAGGUCACCCCAAGAGUCCCUGAAGACACGUCACAGGACCCCAAAGUCACUGAAGACCCUCCACAUAAAACACAGGACACCCCAAAAAUCACUAAGGACACCACCCCAAUGGUCUCUGGGGAUAUCGCACAAAACCCUGAAGAAGGCACCCCACGGGAGAAUGAGGACAGCCAACUGGCAUAUCGCUGUAGUCUCUGCAACAAGGUUUUCAGAGGCAAACGUGUCAUAGCCCACGCCAUGUACCACUUCCGCAGGGACCAAUGUAUGUUCUGUAGGACGCUGUUCAAAAACGACCUCCUCGCCAUGAUGCAUCUAUCCCGACACAUCGAGAAGUUGAAAAAAGGAAACGUACCGGCUGAUUUUGAGGAGGUCCACGAGAACUGGACACCCGACACGCCUGAACGCUCAACGCAGAGGGGGAGACGGGGGCGCAAGAGGAUCUCCGUAAACUCCACAGAUGGCGCAGAGGCAGCUCCACCGGAUUACAGGAAGCUACGGUCGACGAGCAAUAGGAUCUCUGUAAACUCCACAGAUAGCACAGGGUCAACUCCGCCGGAUCGCAGGAUCUUACGGUCUAAACCUAAGCUACGGUCGAGCAAUAGGCUCUCAACUGACUCUCGACCUUCCCCAGAGACUAAACUCACAACAGAAGAGUCUGAAGACAAGCAGUCGAUACAGAGGGUCAAUGGACACGUGGGCAGAAGACGGGUUGAGGUUGAAGGAACUGAGCGUGACGGUGAUACUCGGGCAGAGGAACAAGAGAAGAUCAGCAGGCGACAAGAGGAGGAGCACUCGGCUCUGGAACAGAGGGAAGAAUCAACAGGUGAACAAGGGGGAACGUCUUACUCUCCUCUGACAAAGACUUUGGAAGAAGAAGAGCAACCCUGCUCCUCAGCGAAGACCAUGGAGGACAAAACAGAAUCUCAGUCUGUGUUGGUAACACAGGACAGGCUUUCAGUUUCCCCUCUAGAGACCUCCGUUCAGGGCAAGGAGACUCCCAGCAGCUGCCCUGUGGAGGGAUGCGCAGAGAUAUUCAUUGGAAAACGGCGUUCUCUCCUCGGACAUAUUCUGGAUGAUCACCGCGGCGACGCCAAACCCUUGGAAGCGACAUUCCGCCACGGGAAUGGAAAAUGCAGUAUUUGCCAGAAGCCUGGGAUGACUUUGCAGCAUUACCAGCACCACAUUGCAUGGCACAGAGGAAUCCCCAGGCAUCCCUGUCUACAUCGUGGCUGUAAAGCCCGGUUCAGUGCAGCGCCAGAAAUGAGAAACCACGCCAAGACCCACCAGCCCCUCCGGGCGGUGUGCUGCUUCCCGGGCUGUCAGGAGCGCUCGGCUUGUCUUCUGGAGCUGAACCGUCACGAACGAGAACACUAUCGUCUCCCAGAGGAAGGGGAGGAUGCGCCUGUUUUUGAUACCCUUGUCGCCAACGCCGCCUCUGUAAAGGUGAUAAAAAAGUGCAAGGUGACGAAGAAGAUGAAGAUGAUGAAGGGUGUGAAGAGACGAUGGGCUCCUGGAGAAAAGGAGGCGUCAGCUGCUGAUCCCACUACUACAGCAAAGGUAACCAGGAAGUGUGACUUCACCAAGACGUUAAAGAAAACACAGGUCAUAAAGAAACGGCGUGUUCAUAAAGACAGUGAUCCCCCUGCUUCUGCUCCCCCUACCGUCUCUGUAAAGGUAACGAGUAAGUUGAAGAAGUUGCAGGUUAAGAGGAAACCGUGUGUUGGUAAGAAAAUGAACGCCCCAACGGCUCCCAUCACCACCGCCGCUGAACAAGUGACCAAGAAGUUAAAGAUGAUGCAUAAAAAGGUAAAGAAAGCGUGGGCUGUGAAGAGACAGAACGUCAGCAAAGAAAAUUAUACUCCAACCGGACCGCUCACCUCCACCACAAUUACCACCACUGAAGAAGUUACCAAAAAGCAAAAAAUUAUAAAUAAGUCGGAGAAAAUACGGGUUGUUAAGAAACCGAAUGUUGCCGAAGAAAAGGAAACUGGUCCAGCCACCGACGAAGAGGUGGCAGAAAAAUCAAAGGUGGCUGAUAAGUUAAAGAGAACACCACCUGUAAAGAAACGGAGCGUUAACAAAGACCCCAGGAAGAUCUCAAGUGUUAGCACCGACAAGGAUACCCCAACUGUUCCUCCCACCGCCGCUCCAAAAGACCCCAAGAAGUUACCCAAGGUGACGGAUAAGUUAAAGAAAACGACACGAGUUCUGAAGAAACAAAGAGUCAAGGAACCCAAGAGGCCUGCGGGCGAAGAACACAAGAAGACCUCCAAAAAGCCUGCCAAGUCAAAGACCUCUGGUCCAGAGAAACGCGUUAAUGAAGUUACAGAAGUGCCAGGAAGUGAAGACACAGAGGUGGUAGGAGGUCAAUCAGAGGAAGAAGAUGAUAAACCAUUGGUGGGAACAUCAGACUCAACAGCUAGCAGUGUCUGUGACCAGAAGAUGGUUAACGGACACUUAAAGGAGAUCACUAAAGAAUCACCAAAAUACCAGAAAAGUAUUAAAACAAGCACAGACACCAAAUCCAAGAAAUGCAAACCACGGAACCAUAAACCCACUACUCCCAAAACCCCUACAACUACUCCCAAAACCCCUAUCAAGAAGGAAGCGGCGAAACCCCCCACUUUCUUUGGGAAGAUUAGCAACAGGCCGUACAUUCGGCCUCCGCCCACAGCCUACCUAGACGAGAGGUACACCACCAUGCCGAAACGCAGGAAAGAGAUGUCCUGGACCCUGGAUCGCUCUCCGAUCUGCCCAACCCUGGUGGAGGCCACAGGGGAGACGGGUACACAGUUGGUCCAUAGGCAGCGCUGUGCCAAGUGUUUCUUGUCCUUCGACAGUGGAGAGGAGUUACAGACGCACCUCUCGCUGA